UUUCACUGUCCGAGUUCACCCCGCUUGUGUGAGCUUCCUUCCACAAGCGCGUCAUCCCCAUGCCAUCUAAUCUACACACGCCUAUAAAGAAACCUUUUUUAGACGAAGCCCUAGUCUGAGUCUCACACGGUUCCACCCACCGCCUCCCCAAUCAUCCCCCCGAUUUCCUCCUCGUGUGCCCAAUCUGCAGCUGCUGCCGCUGCUCCUUCCACAGCUUCGGUGGGACUCGUCGGAUUGGGCUCCUUUUUCCAUUUCAGGCAAUUAGACUCGCAGAGAUGGACACUACUGCUGGCUAAUAGUAAAACGAUUAUAUGGCCAAAGAUAUUAAGGCAAUGCGCAAGGGAGGAAACGGUUUCUACUUUAUCAAUAAGGAGACAAGUGCUGAUUCAAUCAGGGAAAACAAUUCCAAAAAUUCUCAUCGGAUGGCUGAUACAGCAAGAAUAACUAAAACAGAGACAUCAAAGUUGAAGAACAUCAUUUCAGCAUCAUUCAAACCCUUGUCUCUUACCAUUCCCAUAGGAGACGGAUUCCAUGAAUCGUUCCAUUCGAGCCAUUGCUAUUUAUAGUAUCUACUAAGGUUCAUAAAUAAGCCAAAGGUUUUCAGUACUAUUGGCUAAGAAGGGGAGGCAAACAUUGAGCUGCUUGCUGCCACAUUUUGCAAUGGUUACAAUCGUUGGUACACGGGAACAGUUUGUUCAACCACAGACAUUCCUGCGUGCUACAAUGCAGCUCAAGUCCCCAACAAGGCCAAAACUUUCCUUCUGCUUUACGCCACAAGGGGAUUGUGAUCAAUACUGUGCUUUAAUCCCUGGCUUGCCAGAAGACCUGGCAAAGAUAUGUCUUGCCCUUGUUCCUCGAACUCAUUUCCCUGUCAUGGGUGGAGUUUCCAAGAGGUGGAUGUCAUUCCUAGAGAGCAAAGAAUUAAUUGCUGUAAGGAAAGAGGUUCAGAAGCUUGACGAGUGUGUGUAUGUCUUGACCGCUGAUGCUCAAGCAAAGGGUUCUCAUUGGGAGGUUUUGGGAUGUCAGGGGCAAAAGAACACCCCUCUACCGCUUAUGCCUGGACCAACCAAAGCUGGGUUUGGUGUGGUUGUCCUUGACGGGAAGCUCAUCGUCAUUGCUGGCUAUGCUGCUGACCAUGGCAAGGAAUGUGUUUCUGAUGAGGUUUACCAGUAUGAUUGUUUCCUCAACAGGUGGACCGCCCUUUCUAAGAUGAAUGUCGCUCGUUGCGACUUCGCGUGUGCAGAGGUCAACGGUGUGAUAUAUGUUGCUGGUGGAUUUGGUCCCAGUGGUGAUAGUUUAUCAAGUGUCGAAGUUUAUGACCCAGAACAAAAUAAAUGGACGUUGAUCGGGGGCCUUCGCAGGCCGAGAUGGGGUUGCUUUGGGUGUAGCUUUGAAGGCAAGAUGUACGUCAUGGGUGGCCGUUCGAGCUUCACAAUUGGUAACUCCCGUUACAUUGACGUGUAUGAUACAAAUAGCCAUGCCUGGGGUGAGUUUAGGAAUGGCUGUGUAAUGGUCACGGCUCAUGCUGUUCUUGGUGAGAAGCUCUUCUGCAUCGAGUGGAAGAACCAGAGGUCUCUGGCGAUUUUCGACCCAGCAGACAAUUCCUGGAAGAAGGUUCCAGUGCCGCUUACUGGUAGUUCCAGCACGCGGUUCUCUCUCGGGACACAUGAUGGGAAGCUGCUGCUCCUCUCACUGGAGGAAGAACCUGGGUAUCAGACGCUGAUGUAUGAUCCUGCCGCGCCAACAGGCUCUGAAUGGUGCACGUCAAAGCUCAGGCCGUCGGGACGAUGCUUAUGCAGCGUGACCAUCAAAGCCUGAUGCUCUAGCUCGGGGGUUGCUGAAGGAUGAUACCUAAGUUUAUUCCUGCCUCAUCUUCCACAUUUAAGACCAGGCUUUGUUUGGUUUAUCGUUUGCUCCUACUUGCUGGGGUUUAUAUCCGCUUGUUGCUCCACCCAAUAAUAGAAUGUUCAUGCUUCAGUUCAUUCGGUUGCUUGCUGACAGCGGGCCUUGCCAUAAUGUACUCUGUUCUCAGUUGUAUUGAAAUACUAUCUGAUUAUAAUUUUUUAGACUUUGAAA